AUGUGGAAAUUCAAUUGGAGACUGAUAAGAUUCAAGUCUUCGUCAUCUACAAGAUGGUUGAAUAGACAAAAGAAUGAUGAGUUCAGUAAGAAAUCCAAAACCCAGCAUUUCAAAAGUAGAGCUGCUUUUAAAUUGAUCGAAAUCAAUGAAAGAUUCCAUAUUUUAAGGAACUGUCGUAAUAUUGUCGAUUUGGGGUAUGCUCCUGGGUCAUGGAGUCAAGUAAUCAAGAGUUCGAUGGAAAAGUCCGGUAAAAGAGGAAAAAUCUUGGGAGUGGAUUUGAUCAAUUGUAGUCCUCCUGAAGGAGUUGAUUUUAUUCAAGGUGACUUCCUUCACCAUGAAACUCAGCAAAAGAUAAUUGAUUAUUUCAAUGGUCAAUAUGUUGGUGAAGUGUUUGGAAGUAAAAAGCUUUUGGCCGAAAAAGUGGCUUACCCAGAUUCGGAACCAUUGGAUCACGACAUCGAGAACAAAACUCAACUGGUGGACCUUAUAUUGAGUGAUAUGCUUGAGAAUACUACCGGUUUGAAGAAUAUCGACCACUUAAGUAGUAUGGAUAUCUGUAAUUCAGUUAUGAUUUUUUCCAACCGCUUACUUAAAAAAAACGGAAGUUUAGUAAUGAAAUUCUACCAAGGCAACGAACAGACCGGGAUAGAAAAUAAGCUUAAACAAAUGUUUACAAAAGUCUACAUUUUUAAGCCGAAGAGUUCCAGGAGUGAACUGAAAGAAAUGUUUUUCGUUGCAUUGAAAUUGAAAUAA